AUGGCCAGGGUCACCUUCGCUGUCCUCGUAUCGCUGGCCUAUGCACUUGGCGGCCGCGCUUCGCCUGUGGAACCCCCCUCCGUGGCCCACAAAAUCGGAGCUUCGCACCUCCGUCGAAACCACGGAGGUCCUGGUUCAGCGUCCUUUGGCGGAAUAAUAAACGAUUCCUCAGCCCCGUCACUCCAAAACUCAGAGGUACAGGAUCUGAGCAGACUCGCGACUAGGUCGACGCCAUCUAUCCUCACAGAUCAUGGACAAUGGAGUAUCCAAGGGUGUUUCGUUGAUGAUCCUCAACACCGAAUCAUUGCCGCGGAAGUCCAGGGUAAUUUGCCGUUGACAGUCGAGCGAUGCAUGGGUCGAUGCUGGCAAUUCCAGUACACUGUAGCCGGGAUUGAAAAUGGUCGGGACUGCUACUGCGCUGAAUCAAUAGAUAUCUACGCGCUGAAACCUGCACAUCUCGACGAAUGCAAAUCCCCUUGCGUUGGUGAUGAAAGUCAUGCAUGCGGUGGAACCGCCCGACUGCUUUUGUAUCACCACUCAUCCGGAACACUCUAUACUCCAUCGCGCGAAAGAAUUGGGGACUGGGAAUCUCGAGGAUGCUAUACCGACUCGCCGCAUGCACGUACUCUGCCCUAUCAAUUCUUCACUGACGGCGGCAUGACAAUAGAAAAGUGCACCCAGAUUUGCUACGAGGGUGGCUUUGAAUAUGCAGGUACGGAGAGGGCCAGCGAAUGCUAUUGCGGCUCCUCAAUCGAGAAUGAGGGCAAGCAGCGACCCGCACAAGAAUGCGACCAAGCAUGCGUUGGAAACGGCGCACAGCAAUGCGGUGGAGUUCAUCGUCUCAAUAUUUACCACUACGAGGGUCAAACACUCCCAACCUUGAAGGGCCUUCCAUCUGCCGCUGAUGCAUUCCGUCCCCCAACAGCUUCUUGGGUCUACGACGGCUGUCAUUUGGACUCGGCUCUGAACCGAGUGCUUAAGCAUUCUGUCGACGUGGAGGGAGGAAUGACUAUAGAAAAAUGCGCCGGUGCAUGCCAUGUAAAGGGGUUUAUCUACGCUGGUAUCGCAAAUGGAAACGAGUGCUACUGCGACAAUGAGCAUAGUGCAAUUCCGGCUACGAUUGGUUGCGAAACGCCAUGCUCUGGAAACCCAGAACAGAAUUGCGGUGGUAUAGAUCGAAUCAUCAUCUAUCAUCUCGACGGUGCCAAGAAGGAGGUGUCGGUCCCCGCUCCCAGUUCCGAAGACGAGACCGAGGGGUGGGCAUUCCUUACUUGGCUAGGUCACGGAUGCUACGUCGACUCUGUUACGGCACGUAUAAUGAGCCAGAUCGUCACAGACGAACCAAUGACGGUGGAACACUGUCUCUCUCUAUGUCAAGACGUCGGAUUCACUGUCGCAGGCAUGGAGGCUGGAAGCGAGUGCUUCUGCACAACCUCUUUACCGCCUUCGAAACUUCAGGCGGACCCGAAGGAGUGCUCGACACCUUGCGAAGGCAAUCCAGAGCAGAUCUGCGGCGGACCCGAGCGACUUACCGUCAUGUAUUAUUCUCACGCUUCUUGA